AUGCCUUCCCACAGAAUCCUCAUCACCGGCGCCUCAGGUUACCUAGGCGGAACACUACUUGCCCGUUGGAAGGACGCCAAUCUCCCCUCGUACGACAAACUCUACGCACUUGUGAGGACCGAUGCACAAGCGGCCGCCGUCCAACAGUACGGUGCUGAGCCCCUGGCCCUUGACGCCCAAGAUGAAGUUGCUGUCCGGCAUGCGGUGGUGACGCACCAGAUCACCAUUGUGUUCUAUCUGAUCGACGCCAUGAGGAGCGAAGCCCAGGUGAACUUCAUCAAGGCAUUGGCGGAGGUGAAGAGGACGACGGGCCAGGAGGUCCACUUCCUACACACGACUGGAGCCAAGCUCUUCUCGUCUCACGCCGGCGCGCCGAUUGAUGCACCGCUGCUAGAUACGCAUCCAGAGCUGUACUCUAUCCAGAAGGCCCAGGUGGAGACAGCCAAGUGGGAUCUCAUGAAAGGUGCCGUUAAUACAAACAACAUCGUGAUCGAAGAAUCCGAAAAGCAUGGAGUCCGCAGCUACAUCUUCGCACCAUGCAUCGUCUACGGUAGGGGCGAGGGCUUCGGCAACACUAUCUCGAUCCAGACUGUGGCCAUCGUCAAGGCAGCCCGAGCAAUGAAGAGGGUCUACAAGGUCGACGGAGGGCGCCCGACGUGGCCCGUCUGCCAUGUCCUUGACAACACGACCCUUUAUAUCGAGAUUCUCCGCGCGAUACUCGACGGCAAGGACCCUGGCCACGGUACAGCGGGAUACUUCCUCGCGGCGUCUGGGAGUUUGGCAUGGGACGAUAUCUACACGGCCAUGGCGGCGGCACUGGCCAAGAGGAACAUUAUUGGCGACAACACGGUGGUGCCGGCAAAUGACCAGAUCUUGGAGCAGAUGGGCGAGGCUCUGGGCUGCCCGCCUCAAUUCGUGCCGGUCCAGGUUGGUGGGAUGUGCACUUUCACUGCUGAGCACGGCAGCAAGAUAGGGUGGAGGCCGCAGUACGGACCGGAACACAUCAUUGAGGAUGCUGAAAAUGAGGUCCAGCUCAUCUUGGCUGGUCCAGACCCGGUGAUAGUCCCGUAUGGCGAUUGA